AUUAGAUUGCUGACGGUCGUGUUCUUUUUCGGUGGCGGUUGCAGUGUGAAUUUGGACCGUGAAGGACAUUUAUUUAAAAAUAUCAACUGACUUUAAAACGUAGACUAAAAAACAGUAGUGAGAGAGAUCAUUUGUUCUGAAUUCUGGGAAAAUGAUGAUUUAGAAAUUCUAUCAAUCAAGGCGUGUCUUAUAACAAGGUUUACAAUCAAAGAGCAGACCAUUCGUACAACAGAAUGAAUCACAAAUAUUCGCUAGCGAUAAUUUCGCUAAUUACGACCACAAGCGUGCUGGUUCAUGCACAAGUACAGGAGAAUAUUCAGACAAGGGUUGCACCGAGUCUACUGGAAUGCUACGAAAAUCCGGCACUAUUUGAACGAGACAACCGACUCCCGAUGACAAUGAACAUGCUUAUCGAGUUGGUCCGAAAGAUUGAAGACGAACCCCAGUUCACGCAGGAUAUUCGCCAGCUGACGACCGGGCUGCUACAUCGCUACCGACAGGAUGGUAUCGUGCGGGCUCCGGGAGUUCCUAAUAUUGCUGGGGUACUGCCGUUUAGCCCGAUCGGGUUCCAUUUUACUAAGCACAGAAUACUGUUUUCGCGGUUGUUACCUGGCACUCCAAUCGGUAAUAAUUCACUGAAUGCACAGGAAAUGUGCGCGCUUCAUUUCAUGAUAUCCAGUUCCAUCGACACGAUGGUUCGAGGUGAUGAGAGUGUUCGCUGUACCCAGUUGUCGCAGUAUCGCGCUGUUCGAGUACCCAGAGAGCUGGACAUGAGAGACAAGAUGAAGCUACGGUCAAACUAUCUGGGAGAUAUUGAGAUGUUGGCUCAACCAGAGAUGAAUCAAAUCCGCAAGCAGAUUAAGAAGAUAACACAAGCAGCUCGCUUAGAAAUGGAUCCUGAUCAAGAGCAAGCUGAUGAGGAUGCUGUCAAUCCAAUAGAACCCGCAGCUGGAGACGUUGUGGAUCCGAUUCCCGCUGAUGAUGAAGGCGAACCACUAGAAACGGAACUUUCAGACGUUACAAAUGAUGCUGGCCUUGUUGAUAUUGCAUCAAACGCAAUCAGUGCGUGUCCGGUUGAAAAUGGUGUAGUUUACACGCGAUGGGGUGCUCUUUCAGCGGGAACAGUCCUGGCAGGUAUUGCCGCCGGAAUCGAGCCCCAAAUGGUUGAAAUUCGUAAUCUAAUACCGACGAAAAAUGGGCAGCUCCGGGCUCGUCAACAAGUUCAGCCACUUCGUGUGGACAACAGAUGGGCAGCCACUUUAGCGGGAGAUCUAGCGGAAGUGACCCUCUUGCAUUCUCCGUCUCAACCAAAUAAUAUUCAAGUCGGUGCAGCAGGUGCAUGGAACCACACAGUAGUCCCCCGUUGGUUUUUCUUGAGCCAACGAACCGCUCUAGAAAUGACCGAUGCGGAAAUCCGAGCCGGAAUCGAUGGUCUGACGCUAGCUAACAACAUUGUUGAAUGGAGAAAUCGGGCCUCCACACUACGGUUAAGUCAAUUACUCGAUAUGUACUACUCGCAACGUGGCGUCUUCAACCAGACGGUCCGUUCGUGUAAUCGACGGGAUCUGUUCACUACGACUGCUCCGAUUCAAACAAUGCGAGAACAAGCGGCUGCCUUCAGCAACGUGCUGGAUAGGGAAAUGCAGAUGGCCUUCACUGUGACACAGGCUGCUAUCAAUCAGUUCUCCUCAGCAGCCUCCGACGCGUUGGCAGCUUAUGUCCCAUCCUCUCUGAAUGACCUGUCAUGCGAAGCAACAUCAAUUACUCCGAAUGAUCCCACAAAUUACCGAACCGCUGCCGAUCUGUUCAUCUUCAUUGACAGUUCUUGGCCAUACAGAGAUAUUCAAGCCGUUGUUUCCUACCUUUUGGACGGCUUGGAUGUCGGACGUUUCGGUACCACCUAUACCAUCCUGAAUGCCAUGUCCGGAGAAGUUAUCGUGAAUGCCACUCACUUCCUAUCGUCUUUUUAUCUUAACUACACAAACGCGAUCCAUCAAGCUCAACAACCUGGACUCGGUAUGCCAGCUGUGCUUCGAAACCUUCGUCUUCAAAUUACUCCCAUCAUGAUGGCGGAACGCCAAACCUCCAGCAUGAGUGGCCGAUCCAAAAUUGGCCUAAUCAUUCCGAACACGGCCGCUGUUAGCGAAGGCGAUACAAACUAUGCUGUGGAACAACUACAAAUUCUUCGUGAAGAAAUUCCAGAUCUUCGAUUGAUCUUCUUUGCCGGUGGAGCUGCUACUCGAUUCAACCGGUUUGUUCGGGAGGAAAGCCGUGAUGUUUUCCAGCUGCGUGAACUAGGUACUGGAUCGGUUAUCGAUACAGUUCAAGAACAAACUACUCCUGUUAUCCAAAGGAUUCAACAGGAACCUAGACGCAUUGUAAAUCCUCGUUGUGGACAUGAUUGGAUUCAGAACGAUUGGGGAACAAACUCGCUUAAUCAGUAUGUCGAGCCCCGUGGAAUUGUGUACUACCGUCUCCAUCCGAACUACUUCUUCCGGGCUGGUGACAACAGGCGCCUCAGAAUUCAAGGCCAUGGCUUCGCUCAACUGACUGUGUGUCAAUCAAGAUGGACGCAAAACCCAAGAUCGAAUUCCUCUCAAGGCACAGAUGUGACUACCUGUCAAAAUAUUAACACAGAAACGAUAGAUAUAGAUUUAUCGAAUGCCUGCGACGGAAGAGAGGUUAUCCACAGUUGCCCACCGUUGUUCUUUUCCGUAGAAUACACCCAGCUGACCGAGGUGGCUAGCUUUAGAUGUACGGAAAACGAAUGUCGCUUCCCGGACAAUGCUCGCUUUGCUAUUGUAACGGAAAAUUUAGGUUGCUUCAGUUCAGCUGGAACGGCAAUCAGCUCGUUCGUAUUGUUUAUUGUAGCUUUGUUAGGAGUAUUCUGCAGACAUUAAUGAUAGUGAUAAUAACUAUGUAGAGAUCACGUUCACGUCUAUCAUUACGUUGCAAAACAUUAUCUUCUGUUCAAACAGACUGCGUUGGCGAUUCUUGGGGUUCACGACAAUUGCAUGGUUACGAUCUAAUAAACAGUAGGAAUCCAUUCAGGCCAGAUGAAAAACGAGAAACGAAGUUGAAGAAAUUCUAAUAUAAAAAUGAUCUCGUGCUUAGUUCAAAUAACAAAUAUUACUAUCAAGUUGAAAGACCACCACUACUUUCAGUAGUAUCAUGCGUGAAUUGAAAAAACAAAAAGACGUAACACUCUUUAGGCAAUGUUGGAAAAACCGAUCAAAAUUUAUCAGAAUGUUGUCAGUGAUUAGGCAUUUUAAUUUUUUCUACGUAUAUAAAAAUAGAUAUUAAAAUUAAAUUACCUUAAACUUUGAGGCCCAGAGGACCGAGUUUCAUAUACCAAUCGAUUCAGCCGAUGAGCUGAAUGUAUAUAAUAUAUUUUUUUGCGUGCAAAAUUCUUGAUUGAAAGAAUUAUAAGAUACCUACUGGAACUUUUCCAAAAAAAUGUAAAAGGAAGCAGAUUU